UCUCGAUCAUUCUCUAAUAUUUUGUCCAAGUUAGGCCUAUGUACCAUACACAGUACAACUUGAGGAGAGAUGUUAGAUUAAACUACUCUAGUUUAAUUCACUAUUCUGUUAUUAAGUCUUAAUCACCUUAGUUAGUCACUUACUUUGAGAUUAAAGGUAAUUUAUUAUAAAUGACACUCACACUCUUCUAAACACCAAGAUGUCUUUUACAAAAGACAAAACCGUGAGGGUUCAAACCAGGUUCAAAGCGGACAUACCUCAGAAACAACAAAAGACAAAACCGUGAGGGUUCAAACAAGGUCCAUAGCGGACAUACCUCAAAAACACAAUGGUGUGAACUUGUGGUGCGCCUUAGACAACACGAAGAGACUGUGGAGCACCUUAGGAAGAAGGAAGAGACUAUGGUACGGCCUAGACAGAAUCAAGAGACUGUGUGGUGUGCCCCCUAGACAGCACAAAGAGACUGUGAUGCAAGAAGGAACUGAUUUGGCACAGAUGAGACGACGAGAUUUGAUCAAAUGGUAUGUGGAACUGCAAAAUGAGAAAAAUAAAUACAGAUCUACAGAGGAGCCAGCGCAAGAAGUUAACGUGAUUAAAGCAAUUAUAGAGUGUUUAGUUCAAAGAGAGGGACAUCUGAUAGUGGUAGAUGAUGAUGGUAAGCUAGCAGCAGUAGAAGCUGCGGGUAUAGAACAGUCCGCAUUAGUAUCCAUAAAUGAUCGAAUUUUAGCCGUGACUUUUAAUUACUCCAUCUGAUUUCGAAUAUAAACAACAAGAAUAUCUUUCAAUUAGUUAUAUUCUAUUCAAUGAUUGAUAAUAUCAUUCUGAAAAUACCCUUCACCUAAUUUAGAUUUUAUUCUUCAAUAACCUCUUAUUCUUAUUAAACAAGUUUCUAUAAAAGAUAUUUUAGAUCAUACUAUUAUUAUUUUACACCAAGAAAGUUAAAUGAAAUUACUUAAUAUUUUUCAAUAACGGUGAAUUACAUUUUUAUUGCUUAUAUUCGAAAUGAGAGGGAGUAUUUCAUUGAUUGACGACAGCCUAGCAAUGAGGAAAGAAAAUGGAAAUCACUCAUUUUGCAGUCAAAAUAUUCUAGUACCUUGAUGGUUCACAUUGAUACUUUCGGCUGCAAGCUGGUUAAGGCGAAAGAGCAGUCUUCGUAUAUUUGACCGGUUACAUCAAGUCCUCAACCCUAAGCCGGUUAAGGCGAUAAAACACACAUGUCAGACGCCACUGCACUGAUAUAUUUGGAAAAUCAGGUUUCUUAAAUAAAAGUCUUGUAUUCAAUUUUUGGAGAGACUUUGAUUAAUUCAGUGUGCAAUAUAAAAACUUGCAUAGUUCCAGAACUUAGGUAAACAUGAUUCAAAAAGUAGUACUUUAGCCACAUUUAAAAUGUGUUGGUGGUCCUUUCAUUCAACAUCCUAUUAUGUUGUAGGAUGCUUAC